CUUAUUUUUAUUCAUUUAUUUUAACGAGAUAAUAGGUACCUGUACCUAAUGUAUAAUUAUUCAUCAGUUUUGCAAAAUAAUAUAAUUAAAAAUUAGUAGCGUUGAUCAUUGCAAUUCUACAUCGAGUUGUUAUUCGAUCUUGACUUUUAGAGAGAAAAAAUAUCUUCAUGUUAAAAAACCGGAUAAUAGGUAAAACAAAAUCCAAUUUUGCAUGAAUUCAUUGAAUUCAUACAAAAUUGAUUUGCAGAGAAGUACCUAAUGAUUGAGAAGUAUUUAUUGAGAGAAUUUUAAUUUAUUUUCUUAAAUAUGAUUGUACAUUCCAUUUCCUUCGUCAUUUUUUGAAUUGGUGUGCGAGUCAAGUUGCCUAUUCAGAAACAUGCAGGAGGAUUUCUUAUUUCUUUUUCGAGCCUUUUUAAUCGCACUUUAGAGAUGUUUGUUGAUAAGUAAAAUUGAUUUGAGAAGAAUUAGUCAGUAGCGGUUCUGUGCCAACAAUAUGUGUGUUCGUGGUCGUGUGUAAGAUUAUAUAUAGUAAGAUAGUAAGAUAAAUGUACACGUUUAUACAGUAUUGCUCACCACUGGUUGUACAUUUGGGUUCCAGAUGCAGGUUGUAGCGUGAAUUGUAUCGUCAAUGAAGAAUUUGUUGAUAAAACUUCAUACUGUUUUGAUUUGAACAAGGAAUUAGUUUUUCUGAAGAGGAAUCCGAGAGUAAAAUUCUUGAAAUGUCCAGUGAUCACGUUACCUCAAACCAGUUCACAAAUAAUGACUCCCGGAAGAUAAAAAACGAUGCUUAUCUGUCUGAUCAAGAAAACGAGCCUGACGAAAUUCGAAGCGAAACUGAAGAGCAAUUUACAAGAAAAGAAGACCUAUGUGUUGCUUGUGGAUAUGUUUCAGCCUACGAAUUUUUUAGUUUCCCGAAUAAUGUUGAUAUUCGACAGCAGUGGGCGAUGUUUUGUAAUACACUUGGAUAAAAUAAAACCAUAUUUUCGUCUUUGUGAUGGACACUUUAAACCCGAAGACUACCGAAUUUCGAUGCAACGUAAAGUAUUGAUGCCGGCAAGUGUUCCAACGUUACUACCAAAUCGAAAACACACUCUUCCGCCUUCAAUUAAUAAAAGCUUUCAAUCCGGUACAGAUGUCACUAAUUUUUCAAAGCCAACAUUGAAUAAAAAUACAUCACAAAAUACGAUAUGCAGCUCAGACUUUCAAAGAAACACGACCACCGAUGCUUUUAAUAAACGAUUCUGCAGGAAUUUUAAAGAUAUUACAAAUCAUAACAUCGUCCCUCCUAAGGCAGCGAAAUUGGCAAUGAAGAAAAACCCCAACCUUGAAAAAUGUCGACUGCAGGGGAAAAAUUUUCGAUCUGAAAUUUUCAGAUUGAAAAUACGAUGUUCUCGUCUUGAAGACACAGUAACAAACAUAAGAAAAGAAAUCAAGCAAAAGGUUGAAGAGUGCUUCGAUACACGAGAAAAAACUGCCGGAAAUGAUACAAGAGAUGUUCAAAACUUGUGUUCGAUUAACGCAGUCUCAGAAAACUCGAGGCAUAAUUUUUGUAAUACGGAGGAAGCAACUGAUCAAUUUUCUGAAGAUGCGCUCGCAGAAUUUGUCGAACAGGUUACCAAUGAUGAUGGUUAUACUACAGAUUCGAGUAUUCCUCCCCUAGAAAUGUUGAGCAACGAUCUUCGUGAUGUAGAAACAGAACCGGAACAAUUUUUCGAAGAAGAAACGCCUGCAGAAUACGUAGACGAGGAUAAUCAGUCUCUAAAUUUGACCAGCUCUUUCUCAGAAAAGUCGAACGAGAGUUGUUGUAACUCAGAGGUGCAAAUUCAAGAACGUUCUUCUGAAGAAGAUCCAGUCUCAAAUGAUUUACGGAACUGUUUCUCUCAGUAUGAACAGACGAAAAUGACCGAUGAUGAGCUCUUGAGCGUACUCGAUGACAAAAUUGCGAGUGGGAUUUCUGCUAGUCCUCAAAUCAACAGCCAAUUGUGUGGGAAUAAUACCGCUGCGGCUGCCAAUUCAAAUAAUGAGCAAUUUGAUGAGGCACACGUCGGGCAAACACUGCAGAUGGAACAAGUACUAGUGACAAACCAACAAUCAAACCGUAAUGAUGAGCAAAAUGUGUGCCAGGUACGAGUAGAAUUGAUGCGAAUUUCACCUAUUUGUGAUGAAACGUUUUUCGAUAAAUCUGAUUCGACAAGACACCAGCGAAAACAUUCGAAGCCAUUCCCAUGUCCAAAGUGUAAAAAAUCGUUUGGUACGAAACAGAUCCUCAAGAACCAUCAAACCACCCAUACUGAAAGAAGACCCUACAAAUGCGGCAUUUGUGACACAAAAUUCAAAUCCAAUGCUUCUAAAUUAAGGCACGAACUUGUGCAUGCGAGAGGUGCUUGUUUUGAGUGUGCUUUUUGCGGGAAAAUGUAUUCGUAUAAAUAUUCUCUCAAUGACCACCUGAGAACACAUUCUGGUGAAAAAUCGUUUCAUUGCCAAACCUGUGGUACAAGCUUUUUUACCAAAAGCGAUUUUGCUGCACAUCAAAAGACGCAUAAUGAUAGAAAAAACUACAAAUGCCGCGUAUGCAACCGGCUAUUCAAAUACCAGGGCAAUAAGAGAGCGCACGAACGUACACAUGCAGAGGGCUCUCGUUAUGAAUGCGCCCUAUGCGGCAAGAAAUAUAGUGCGAAACGCUGUUUGGCCAAUCAUAUAUCAUCUAAUUGCAGUUAGAUUUGAGUAGCAUUAGACUGCAGAUUCAAAUUCGGGUUUUCUUUGUUUUUAGUGUUUUUGAGUUCUUACCAUACUGUUCUUAUUUCUUACUCACCCAUGGCAAAAGAGUCGAAAAAUUGUUUCCAAAUCUGUGUGUUGCAAGUUGCAAUAGUAGAUACGACAUACCUUUACCUAUGUGUUUUUAUUCUAGUAAGGUUUAUACUUAUUUUCCUAAUGAAAAUGGACUCGCUGAGAAAUGAUGAGAAGUAUUGUUUGAGAGAAUUUUUACUUAUUUAUUUUCUUAUUAUGAUUGUGCUUAUCAGCUUGUUCCUAUCUAGUGCAGUAGUUACACAGAUUCCUUCCUCUUUUUUUGUGAAGGAAAGUCUGCUCAAAAACUGAAAAAAAAUGACUAGGUAUUCGAAGAAAGAUAAGAGGAUAAAAUCGUAUGCUUACCUUAGUUAUUUAUACCUACCUAAUUAAAGUUAUUGAUUACAUUAUUAUGAAUUUUUCUACAA